AUGCAACUUGGAAGAUACGUGUGUCAGAAUUGUCGUAACUUUGCACGUGUUGCUAUGUUUGACACACGUGCAAAUCGAUAUUUCCUAGGUGCUUCGUUUGUUCCUGACAGAUUUCGACUAGUAGAAUGCAACUCACAGCAGGUAAAAGCUCAUUUAAUUUCGUCUUACUGGUCUCCCUCUUCGUAACUAGCUGUCCCUGUGACGUACGUGCGCAGUUGAGAGAGCGGGGGAAAUGGAGGCUAAUUAUAAGUUACUAGGAUCUCUGAAAAAAGGUUCAGUGAUCAUUGCUGCGCGCAGUGAUCACAGAGAUCAUUGUGCGGCGAACAAUCACUGAUAAUUUUCACCUUAUCAUGUGUUUCCUUUGUACCAUAUUGUCAUACAGACCACUGGAAUUUUUUUAAGUAAUUACAGUAGAAAUGCAGUCAGGCUUAGGCCCAUUUCAAAGGUCGUACUACUGCCAUGCCAAACUCAAUUGAUUGAAUUAUAUUCGACUUUAGCAUGGCAGUAGCAUGAUGUUUGAAACCAUGUCAUGCUACUGCCGUGUAGCACGGCAAACCUUUGCAUGCUACACGGUAGUAGCUCAACUUGGUUUCAAACGUCGUCCUACUGCCUUGCCGAACUCAAUUCAUAAAUUAUAAAUACAUUAGAAUAUAUUUAAAAGUCUGCGAAACCUUUUCUUGAUUUUUGUGUUUUGUUUUGGCAACAGCCGUUCUAUUCGACUGAAUUAAAUUCGACUUCUGAAACGAAGUCGAGCUACAGUCGAGCCAGCUUAGCACGGCAGUAGCACGAUGUUUGAAACAGGCCUAAGACAGGUGAUAGCGGUUUGGCUGGGCUACAGAAUACCAUCAAACCUUAUUAGGCAGCCUUCUGUUAAGUAGUGAUUCCCUAUUAACAGUCACAAAUCAAAUUCAAAGAAUUUGCCCUCCAUUCCUAAAUUUAACCUCUAUUAACUGGUCACUCCUGUUAAUUGGAGGCAGUCAGUGCCAUCCAUUUAUUAUUAUUCAUUCAAAAUAUUUCUCCAUUUCUGAUUGGCUAAAAUUCCACACAUAAUUCAUCAUAACAAGCUACUGUCUGCCAAAUUUGGAAGAAUUUUAUGACGUGAAAAAUGAUGUCAGUUAUGCAGCAAAUUGCCAGUUUAUUGAACAGUUAAUCAAGAAGACUUAGGGAUGAGGACAAGCUGUCUUGGUGGUGAGUACAAAUUGGCAGAAUAUUUCACUCUUUUCAUGAAGAAGAAAUAUGCGAACUAUUGGUUAAAAACAGCAAGAACAACAAGAAGACAACUUGACGGACAACAUCAUUCUGCUAUUUGGAGAAUAUGUUCAGUACUGAACAACCCCUUAUCUCCUAAACUUCCUGAUAAACGGGCAAUAAUUAUUUAAGAUGAACUUAACAUUGAUGGAGGUGAACAUGUUUUAGCUUGAUUUAAACUAGGAAUUAUUUUGAAUGAAUAAUCAAACAGUUGUACAACCCCCUGUUCAUGAAGGACUUUGAAAUUUUCCCACCCCGCAGAAAAAUGUUCUUUUUCCAAUCCUUAAGGACAAGCUGAAAUUCAAGCCUUUUUUCAAGCCCUGAUAAGCCUUGCAACUUGCACUGAAGAAGGCAACGAUAACUGCCAAACCCUGGAGGCAUUUUGACCUGCAAGCAAAAUAAUGCUUUUUUGUAUUUAACUGUGCUCUAGUGGAGUAGUUCACAGCUUCUUUUCUGUCCUUUUCUCCAGACUGAUUAGACUUCUUCUGAAUUUAAUAAGUCAUUUAUCUUAUUCACUUGUUUAUGAUUUGUACUGCAGGUCAGAUGGUUUGCUUACAGAAGACCAAAUGAACAACCGGGCUUGAUAGGAAGAUUUAUAGAAAAUAUAAAGGAGGGCUUUGAAAGAAAUAAAGAAAUGCAGGUAUGUGUUCCUUGACCAUAACUUAUUUUUCUUUUCUUUUCCCUAGCGAAGUGAUUUUCACAAGCACAUAAUUAUUUAGUUCAACAUGUUGAUUCCUCUGCAUUUUAGGAAAACAUAAAGAAAUUUCAACAAGAAGCUAAAAAAUACGAGCAAUCUGAAACACUCUCAAGUAAAGUCAGAAUUGCUAACAAAAUAAAGGUAAGGUUUCAGUUUGCUGUAACAGUGGUAUUAAAAUAGGUUCCACUUUCAAAAGAUGCAUCCAGGGGAUUCAAAUAUCAAAAUUCAAUCUUCUUGACAUGAGAUACUGGCAGUAUGUAACUAUUUUUUCCACAUCUGUCAUUUGCAUAAUUUACUCCUGUCUUUCUUAGGACUUACAAUCGUCAUUUUGUUUUUCACAGGACAGUGUGUCAUCUGUUUCAAUGAGGACUUCUGCUGUUGUUAAAAGUUUCUCUGGAGCCUUUUCUACAAAAGUGUCUAAGGUACUGUGUGCAGUGAUGUGGUGUCUUAAAUACCUACAAAACUACAGUCAGUUCCAAAUUUUAUUUGUGUUGUUUUUCAUCAGGCAUAUGAAGAGGCAACAACAAGUGAAGCUUUUAAGAAAGGCAGAGCUGUUUCUGAAGAAGUAUGUUUUUAGCUUUUACAAAAAGACUUCUUUUUGCAAAAUCAUAACCAUCAAGUCUUAGGCAAAAGUUAUGCCGAGGAGAUUUCAUAUGAAUGGUAACAACAUAGGAUAUAAAUUUCAUCCACAGAUUUAAAAGUUGGAUUGCCAAAUCUUGCCUUAAUCUAGUGCUCGCAGUUAUAUGAUCAACCUUAGCUGUUGAAAGAAAACCUAAAAAUUCAUAAUCGACCAGGAUUCAAACCCUGACGUUUGCAAUGAGUGGACACUGUCAAUGCUCUUUCUAAAUAAGCCGAGCAAUCAAACUGGAGAGCUGUUCAAAUUAUUGUGAAUUUGUUAUGGUUCCAAUUGUGAGAAUGGAAUGACAAUAACAUACAAUAACUGUAACAUGUAUUUAUGUUACAGUUUGAAAUUACAACUGUGUAUUCAGGUGAAAUUUUUUUAACUUAAAUUGAUUCUCUAUUUCCUUUGUCUCCUAGCCGUAAUUAGUCUCGCUUGCUUUACAAUAUAAAAUGUAGCUGCAAGACUCAAAAUAUGCAAGCGUUAUUUUUUUUGCAUGUGUGCACACGAAAAGGGAUCAUAGUUCCAGGCAUUCCUAGCGGAAACUCUGGAAACUGUGGAUAAGAAUUACGGCAUGACAAAAACCAUGCAUAGAAAACUUAGGAAAGAUUAAUGCAAAAAUUAAUCAAUAUGAGCUUUUCCUGAACGGUUCGGGCCACAAAUUCUAUCGCUUGAAAGCUUUGAUUACUCUGGAGCAAGUGAUAACCUCAGUGGCUGAAAAAAAAGAAGAAUCGUAAUGUAAAACUUUAAUGGUGAGGCUCACUGGUCGGGUGUUGUAAACUUUCAUUGCAUGCGAAUAAGUCUUGUGUUGAGCAUUCAGUUUACUUUUGGUAAUGACUGAAAUGACGCACCAUGAUCAUCACUUUUCUGCUCUUUGUUGAUGUAAUUUCUCUCGAAUCAAGGCCCUUGAUUUUCAUGUAUUUACACACAAGUAAUUCAGAAACAAAACAUCAAAUACAACAUAAAAAUUAAAAUAUCCUGAAGGGUUACUGGUUGUUUCGAUACAAGUUUAUUCCGUCUAGUUGUAAAUAGUUCUACAAACUUGGCUUAAAGAAUGAAGAAUAUUCACCCAAAGGGCUUAUCUUUUUCACAUGCAAACUAUACUUAAAGUGAUUGAAAUUUUUAUGUAAUUUCAAUGCUCAAGUUUUUGUCGAAAUAAAUUGUAUCGAAAGGACCGGUUACGUCCUGAAGAAUACUCUACGGUUGAUAAAGUAGGAAGUGAAAAACUUUUAGGGAGGAAAUUGUGUUUCAUGUAGAAUUAAUCGCCACCAGCGAUUUAGGAAUUAGGGCUAGGAGACAAAGGGUAAAGAGAGUCAAGCUAUAGGUUUAAAAAUUGAAACCUGAAUAAUUUAUAAUAUUUACAUGUACAUCCACAUAAACAAGUGUGAAUGGGGAAUGAAACAGAAGCAAUAAAUUGCCUCAUUAAUCUAACUGGCAUGUUUCUUUUUUCUCUGUUUACUUGUAGCUUGCUAAGUCUGCUAAGGAGGCUGCCUCAAAGGUUCAAGAGCAAAGUGAAGUGAUUGGAAAAACAGAUACUUUUAAGGCUGUGUCAGCAGUAAGUGAUUAUAGGCCUUUAAGCUCCAAUAUCCACAGGGCUUUCAAUAAACAUCGACGGCUGACGAAACGCGUCGGCUUUGCUCAGAGCAGUUGGCUACUUUUUUCUAGAAAGAACUGAGAAGCAACUAGUUUGAAUAACAUGGUGAAUAAAAAAGGAUCAUAAAAUCUGAAUGAAAUGGUUUUACAUUAUCCUUUAGUCAUGUUACGUGGAAGUACGCCCCCAGACCCCCUUCCCCCUAGAAAAAGGGGACUAACGGCCCCUUGUUGAUACAGUUUGAUACUCUUUUCAUACAUGCUGGCUACUUGAAUUUUUAUUAAAACCCCUGUAUCCACGUACAAUUUCUCUAGACUGAGCUCCAUCCAUUUUCUUAAAGACCUAGUUGGGAGAAUUUGUUUAACCCAUUCGCUCCUGGAGAUUUUGCCGAAAAACACGUUUUGAAGCUAGUCGAGUGGUUUUCUGGUCACUGUCGUGCUAUAAAGAGCUAAAACUUACCACAAACCGGUCUACAGGUCGUACACUUGGCGGCCUUCUGAUCCAGAUGCAAAAUAUCAGCUUGCGAAGUUCGGGCAUGCGCAGAAAGCAAAAUUUCGACAUAGUUUUUGGGUUUAUAAGUGACACAGCAGUCUUGACUUUUACUUUUCGCUUUCUCUCCUCCCUUCUUUUUUCGCUUUUCUUGCCUCAUUUUUUUUUUCUCUUGCUGGGCAUUUAGUAGGCUUCAUUUUGGUGGGAAGAGUUUUUAGGAAAGCUUUUAGGAUCUUAGGAUUAGGUGAAAGGAAAGGUAGGUGGGUAAUGGAACAAGAUUUUCAUGGAGAUUUUCAGGUCCUUGUCACGUGGUUUUUUGCUUCUUUCUCCGGUGUCCUUGACUGAAUUGUGGUCAUUCUGGUAUGGUUUGAAAGAUCUCUUCACUCUGCACAAGUUACCGAAGAAAGUUGUCCUUGACCGUUAAAACUGAUGACGUCACAAAGGGUAGAAAGGACCUGGAUCCGCACGGGCGGUUACGGGCGGUUCAGGGGCGAAUGGGUUAAAGAUCAAACCAUUUCCCCAUGAUAGGUGAUCUUUCGCAUUAAUUCUAGUUCUUUUCUCUUGAUUAUGAUUUGAUAUUGUUAUAUAAGAAAAUUGAUGUUGCGACUCGUGAUUUAAAGGGGUACAGAGGAUAGUAGAAUGUUUUGAUGAUUUGGUGUUUGGAAAAGAGAGUGAGCGGCAUACAUUGUAUCUGCUACUUAUAUUUCUUUAAUAUUGUAUCUUAGUGCAGAAUAGAGUUUAAAUUCUAUUUCCUUAAAAUCCACAGGGCUUUCAAACAGUUAAGAAGGAAGUUCUCGAUGAAACACUUGAACAAUCCAAACCUUACAGGACCCCAGGUAAGCAAAGUGUAACACAGUGUACUCGAAUUCAUAUAAGUAAGCAAAAUGUGGUGAUCGUUGGGCUGUCAUUAAUAGCCACGAGCCAGGAGUCACUCAACCUCUUCACCCUGUCUGGGACAUAUGCUGUAAGGCAACAGUCAUCAUGUAUGUUGCCACUCGUCCCUGAGCUUUGGACUGCGCUUUAUUCCAUGUUAGAUCCAACGCGUCCAGCUCUUUCAUCACUAUUCCAGGGUUUUCAGUAAGGUUUUAAGUAGGUGGCAAAAGCCUUGGAGUAGGUGGAGAAGGAAAAAACAUGCGAGUUACUAGGGGGCUCCUGGAAAAAUUUUAAAAUCUGGGCCUCUUAUAGUGCAUUUCCAGCUUUUUGAAGCAAAAAUUAGAGUGUUUGAACAGAACACAGAAAUCAUUAAAUUUUGAUUUUUUGGAGGGUAACUUCCAAAGAAAAGUUGGCAGUGAGUUCAUGUGAAAUAGCUGGCAAAUUUCAGUGGCUGCCAGGUCUUAUUGCGAACCCUGCUUUUCUCAGCUAGAUGGUUUUUGGCCUGCCUGGUUUUUUGCCAGUGUUGACAGGGCUGCAAGAAAUAUCAUAGUGUACAUAUUAUCACUAUACUUUGAUUUUCUAAGUGGCUGGGUCAGUGGUGGAAGAGCUUCAAGGAACUAACUGAAGUGUUAACUGCAAGAAUGAGUUUCUUAUUUAUUAACUGGAUUUUUAUCUACAAUAUUAUUGUUAUAGCAAUACUCACACUGACAUCAGCUAUAGAUUUUAAUGUGCCAAUCAGACACAUUGGUACUUGAAACAAAAUAUUCUAUUGUUUCACUCAUUAGAAAUUUGACAUAUUAAACAAUGUUUGUAAACAGUGAAAUCUUCUAUAGUGAUGUUGUUCUUGUUUUUGGAAUGUUUUAGAAAAGCUUAGAAGGAGAACUGGAGAAGAAGGUGAAAUGGCUAAGAAGGAGAGAAGAAUCGAUGCCAAUGAGUAUGUGUGGUUGUCUUUCAUAAUAAAUUAUUUCUUUUUGUCAUAUUUUAUUAUGGGGAUGGAAUUUGCACUCUUUGUGUCUUUCAGCAUGUUAAACUAGCUAGCAUUAAGCAUAGAUUUUAAGAUUUUCUGCUUCAUGCUGAGUGUAUAACUGAUGUUCCAGUUCAAAGUUUUCAUAUAUCAUAAUUUCGCCCAAGAGUUCACCUGUUAUUUCAUUGGUGUUUAUAUAAUAAUAAAAAUAAUAUUUUUUUCGUGUGUCUUGUUUAUUAUUUUUUCAGGGAUGCUACAGGGAUGGUUCUCCACAGAGAUUCUAAAUGGUAUCAACAGUGGCAAGAGUUUAAAGACAACAAUCCUGUAGUGACUGGUAAAGUUAUGACAUUUACAACCUUACUCUUUUCUUAUGUACCUGCAAUGAUCAUGACUGACAAAAUUAAUGUAGUUUUGCCAAAAAAAAUAUUUGUGGCUUAUUUACAUCCCACAUAAAGUUGUAUUGUCUUUGAAAAGCCCCUUGGGAAAGUCAAUAAAGUAUGUAUGUAUGUAUGUAUGAAAUGAGGUGUUUUCACUUUAAGUCAUACAGUGACAGCAAAGAAAUGUACAAAGAAGUGCGCUGCAACUGCAAAAUUGUUGUUAAACGUAAUUGCUUUNAAUGAGUUUCUUAUUUAUUAACUGGAUUUUUAUCUACAAUAUUAUUGUUAUAGCAAUACUCACACUGACAUCAGCUAUAGAUUUUAAUGUGCCAAUCAGACACAUUGGUACUUGAAACAAAAUAUUCUAUUGUUUCACUCAUUAGAAAUUUGACAUAUUAAACAAUGUUUGUAAACAGUGAAAUCUUCUAUAGUGAUGUUGUUCUUGUUUUUGGAAUGUUUUAGAAAAGCUUAGAAGGAGAACUGGAGAAGAAGGUGAAAUGGCUAAGAAGGAGAGAAGAAUCGAUGCCAAUGAGUAUGUGUGGUUGUCUUUCAUAAUAAAUUAUUUCUUUUUGUCAUAUUUUAUUAUGGGGAUGGAAUUUGCACUCUUUGUGUCUUUCAGCAUGUUAAACUAGCUAGCAUUAAGCAUAGAUUUUAAGAUUUUCUGCUUCAUGCUGAGUGUAUAACUGAUGUUCCAGUUCAAAGUUUUCAUAUAUCAUAAUUUCGCCCAAGAGUUCACCUGUUAUUUCAUUGGUGUUUAUAUAAUAAUAAAAAUAAUAUUUUUUUCGUGUGUCUUGUUUAUUAUUUUUUCAGGGAUGCUACAGGGAUGGUUCUCCACAGAGAUUCUAAAUGGUAUCAACAGUGGCAAGAGUUUAAAGACAACAAUCCUGUAGUGACUGGUAAAGUUAUGACAUUUACAACCUUACUCUUUUCUUAUGUACCUGCAAUGAUCAUGACUGACAAAAUUAAUGUAGUUUUGCCAAAAAAAAUAUUUGUGGCUUAUUUACAUCCCACAUAAAGUUGUAUUGUCUUUGAAAAGCCCCUUGGGAAAGUCAAUAAAGUAUGUAUGUAUGUAUGUAUGAAAUGAGGUGUUUUCACUUUAAGUCAUACAGUGACAGCAAAGAAAUGUACAAAGAAGUGCGCUGCAACUGCAAAAUUGUUGUUAAACGUAAUUGCUUUUUUCAUGUUCUAGUUGCCGUUGCUGUGGUCAGCCUAUUGCUUAAGGUUACAUGCAGUCCUGCUAAUUAAGUAAGCAAUUAUUAUUGACCAACUUAAUAAUAUUUUACAGGUCUUUUCAAUCUUAAAACGAAAUAUGAUGAAAGUGACAAUGUGGUGGUGCGAGCCUCAAGAGUAGUAACUGACAAGCUACAAGAUAUUUUUAGUAAGUCAACACUAAUAAUACUUCAGUGAAUUUCAUACAGUCAUGCAAGAUGACUGUUAGACAAAGUGGCACUUUUCAUGAUCAUUAUACUACAAAGGGCCUAAAGAAAAAAUUGAAAAUAAAAAGGUUCAAGACAAAUAAAAAGAAAAGAAAAAGUGGAAGGGAAAUUAGCGAAAGCCGAAAAGAAGCAAUCACUUUUGUAUCGAUCUCUGCUUUAACUGUAUUCAGAUAAGUUUUCAGUACCAAGUGCAGUGUUUUUUUGCGAUUUUGCUACACACAAACAUGCAAAGGCUGUGACUGCUGCUUGUAUAACAGGGUCCUAUAUGUGUAUGUCCAAGAGGUGACUACCUCACUGUACAAAGAAAAAGUAAAUUAAUUUAUUCAAAUCACCUAUGAUUAAAACCCUGUGGAAGGCGGGGUAUGCUGAGUUUGGUUAUCUUAAACUAUUGCAACCAGCAUCUAAUUUCUAUGUGUAACAAUCACUGCAAAUAGCUGCUAUAGUGGUUUCUGAGGGGCUUACUCUUGGAAUUUUGGGGUUGGGGUGUGCCAUGGGACUAUAAAACUUCUGGCUUACAUGUACCAGUAUAUUGGUCCACAUUCAGCCGCAAUUUUACUUCCCUAUUGUAGGCAUGUAAAUGCGCUAUAUACCACUAAUCAACCCCCCCAAAAUGAUUUUCUAUAACUGUCAGUCCAAGAUUGUGUGAUUUCAAUUAUUUUUUUAGCUGAUGUGUUCUCACAAUCUGAUACUGCCAAGACAAUGGCUGAAAUCACAAGAAUAGACCCACAAUUUAACAAAGAUAGCUUUCUCAAAGAAUGUGAAUUUGAAAUAAUCCCAGCCGUUUUAGAGGUAAGGUCUUGCUUGAGCUUAACAGCAUUUGCCGUUCAUAGGUGUUUCUAUGUCAACCAGACUUAACUGUUCAAGUACAGUAUACACAGCCUUACGAUAGAACUGAAGCCUUUGCCCACAAUCAUUAUCAUAGCAAUCUCUGUGAUCACUAGAAUCAUGGAUAAUAGGGAAAGAGUUUAUAUUUAUUUAUAAAUUAUAAUCUCUGCACUUGUUAGACUUCUUCUAACUUAUGCUAGUGAUCGUGUAGCCUCCCACACAGGCAUUUUUAGUGGAGCUCGUACUUUGUCCCUCCCCACAAACACCUGUUCAACCGAGAACACAUUGCUUUCCCAAGCGAGCCAAUCACAUUUGUUCUUUCCAAAUUCUGGAAGGUUGACCUCGACGUUAGGGUAACCCAACAAUUACUCAAUCUGCAUGAAACAAUGAGAAAGCUUUAUGACCUCUAAUAAUUGUUAGACUCAGAGAUUUAAUCAGUUAGAUUAAAUUAGAGUACCCCAUGCCCUGCAUAACCUUAGCGAUGGAAAGAAAAGAAGGAAAAAGGUAACUCUCAGGUCAUGUUUUCACACCAUCGCAAGCUUGCGUGUUUAGCCUGUCAAACUGUUGAUUGGUCACUUACCGCACAAAUAAAACAGUGGGAAAGGAAUUUUGUUGUUGGUUGAGCAGGCAUUUGUGGGGAGGGACGAAAUAUGAGCUCCCCUAAAAAUGCCCGCAUGGGAGGCUAGUGAUCACAAUGAUCAUGAUGAAAACACACCCUGCUAGCAGACCCUAUCUGUCACAUGAUCAAUUUUGGCAUUCUCAAGAAAAGACUCUUUGUAAAUUGUGUAAUAAGUUCUUUGAUGAGCAUGUGCUGCUUGUUGGUGGGAUGCAUUUUCAACCCCAGGUUUACUAGACGUGCGCUUGGCAUAGUGCGAAAAUUAGUUUGAUAAUGGAGAACAAGAUUGCAUUCUACAAGCUUUUGGCACAACCAUUUCUGGUAUCGUUUGGGUGGACAAGCAAUACAACUUUAUGAUUGGUUGAUGGUACUCAAAUCAACCAUAAACAAAUCACAAGUAAUGCUUAUCCACCCGAACAACCCCAGAAAUUGUUGCUCCACAAGCUUGUACCCAUUUCCCUUGCAGUUUCUGGAGUGGGGAAUUUUGUAUUAUUGUUUUUUAAUUAAAAUAAUGUUCUUACUUGUCUUUAUUAGGCAUUUCUAAAAGGUGACCUGGAUAUUUUAAAAGAUUGGUGCCAUGAACCUGUAAGUCCAAAAAAUUGCAUUUUUGCGGAAUCUUCUUCCAUCAGUUUUUGUUAUUGAGCUAAUUUAUUUUGUUCCAGGCUUACAAUGUACUUGCAGCCCAAAUUGAGCAAACUCGGCAGCUUGGACAAAAACUUGAGGCAAAGAUCCUUGAUGUUAGAGAGGUUGAUGUAAGUUGGCUACAUUGUAUACUAGGGUUUGAGACAAUAAUCAAACAUAAAUUUUUCUUAAUUUUACUUUAUCAUUCAUGCCCAUUGUUUCUGCUUGAACUUACUACAUGUAAUCACAAAUAUAAUAAUUAAUUAAAUUUUUCUUUGUACAUAAAAUGCAAUAUUAUUAUUUUAAUUCCUGUACAGUGUAUGCUAAGCUGAACAAGAAUCUUUUGAUAGGACCACAGUGUAUGUGUAGAUAUCACAAGAUAAUAAGUGCUACCCUCGUGAAAUUGAAAUACAUAUUAUUAAUUUAUUUUUUUUUCUUAGCUGUAUUUCUUUCAUUGGUAAUAAUGAAACAGACAUCACAUUGCAUUUCCAAAGGUGCUUGAAACUCUAUAGCCUUCAAUGGGCCUUACCUAAAAAAACCAGAAUGGUGAUGACCACUUACUUUAAUAGUAUUGUUACAUUAAUUUUUUACAUUUGGUUAUUAUCUAGCUGCACUUAAAGUUAAAUAAUAUAUCCAAACUCACCAUGAAACUUAGUCACAAAGAUACCCUAACCUGUAAUACAGAAUGGUAUCUUACAGUGUACUUCCUGUUUUGUGUAUAACGUUGCAGGUGGCAAUGGCCAAGGUUAUGGAACAAGGGCCUGUUUUAGUUCUCACUUUUAUGGUACAACAGAUUAUGAUCCUUAGAGAUGCAGUCGGUAAUAUAAUUGAGGGUGGAGAAGUGAGUAUUUGCAUUCUUGUUAACAUUGUUAUAAUUAGUCACUCCAACUUAUAUUGUUCCUAAUUAAAGGGGCUCGGCUUGAAUGAAACAUCGCAAUGAAUAUUAUUAUAACCAUAUUUUUGAUAUGUGAAGGAACACAUAAGGAAUAAAGGCUGGCUUGCCACCUGUGCAUUUCCCAUAACACACCUUGUCCUCCCCUUCCCUCACCGGAAAAUAAAUUCAUGACCUCUUGGUAUUACAGUUAUCUCAAGAGAAAUUGAACUUUGGGGGGCAAACAAGGUGUUUUAUGGGAAAUGCAGGAGUGGCAAUUAGAACCUAACUAGGAUAGGAGGCUCAAAAUAUUGAAGCAGAUUAAAACAGGCUACAUAUGGGUAAACCUUUCCCAACUGUUUUCUUCAUUCCAAUAACUUUGUGUACUCAGAUCUGCUUGGAAAGUCGUUGUUUUACUGCAGUGAUUUUGGUAAUAAAAUCAUUUGCCUUGACAAUAUCACAAUAAUAUUAUUAUUAUAUGAUGCUGAUGAUGAUGAAGGAAAACUAUUCAUAACUGUGUGAUUUCAUUAUUUUGUUUUAUUCCUGUAGAAGACAGGGCCAGCCUUUUUAUUUUUCAUAGAGUUUAGAAGUACCCAUUAUUGAUAAAAAUAGGUAAAAUCAAAAACAGAAAGACUGGCAAAUUUCUGGCAACCAAUGAUUUCUUUGUUAAUUUAUUUAUUUGUAUGGUUACAGUGUACAUACGUCUUCUUCUUUAAUAGUGGCUUAAACAACUGAGUUUAAAAUUUUCAGGAUUUAAUCUCUCUCAUAUUUGGGCAAUUUUAACUGCCAUUUUUUGUGUCUGCAGGAUAAUAUUGAAAAUGUUAGCUAUGUAUGGGCACUGUGUAGAGAUCAGAGCAUACUGGAUCACCGGUCAGCAUGGAGAGUGCUUGAAUUUGGGAUUCAAAACAGCAGCGCAUGGCUUUGAUAAACCUUUACGCUGGUUCUUAAUAGUGGCACAAGCAUAAACACAAGUCUAGAUUCAAGAAUGUUCACACUUGGGUUACAUACAUUACCAGGAGACAUUUGCAGGAGCAGAAUUGUGAAAUUUAAGAAACCCUUAUGUUGGCAAUACAGGGCACCCAAACUCACAACAGCUUAAGUACUGGAAGCCAAAUUAUAAGGAUUUGUAUGGGAAUUUAUUGUAAGGUAGAUAAGUACACAUAAACAGCCAUGAAAGUGUACAUACCUCAUAAAGAAGAAGGCCUUGUCUUCUAGAACUACUUAGUAGCUAGGUGAGAAACCAAAACAUCAAACCUUGCUAAAAUAGCAUUUACAGGGCCUAAACAGUAAGAAAACAUCACAGACACAACUCUUUAUAAGUUAUGUACACUUUAUUGGCUGGUUAUGUGCAUUGUAACCAUUUUAUCGAUUUUACGAUAAUUCACAUACAAAUCCUUAUUAUUAGGCUACUAGUAGGCCGUUGUAAGUCUGGCCCCCCUGUCAAGUGUGUUGGCAACAAAAAAUAAAGUCAUCAUCGUGGUUGCUAUUGGUUAUACCUGUGUCCAUCAUGUUCUCAUGUGGAAUAACAUUGUCUUAAGUAUAAGCAAAAGAAGAACAGAUACUUAAAAGAUUUUUAUACUUAUGCUUUUGUAAUGGCUGCCCUUGCUUGUAUGCAGUUUCUCACUUUUGUACUUGUGAUUACACCUGUGUCUCUAUUAAGGACUGGGCUUUAAAGAGAAACCAAUUUCGCUGUAUUUACUCAAGCUGUUUGGUUGGCUUGGUCAAAGACACACAGAUGCCACACUCUCUUUUAGAAGAAUGUCUGUUUUAACCAGAGAAAUAUUAAGGAACUGCAGCAUGGCAUGAACUGACAUCUCCUACAUCUGGAUUUCUACUAGAAUGAACAGAUUAUUAAUUUUAUUUAUGUAAGAAACAGGAGAGAACUGAAUAAUAGCAAUGAUCAAGGAGUCUUUUGUACACGUCUAUUGUCAGGAUGUAGAACACCCAUACAUGCCAAUUGAAUAACACACCAGUCUAAGUAAACCCUGACCCCUUCCCUCACCCUGGGAUAUAGGUGGGGAUUGGUUCUGAACAAAUGCCCCACCAUGUGGAGAAAAUUUUUAUGGAAGAUACUGGUAGCAGGAAUUGCCCCACCCCCUGGGGCAACUAAAAAUGUUUCCAAUGCGAGUUGUUUUCCCUUACAAAAUGAAAAUUUCACAAAGCAGUUGAGUUGAUAAUUAAUGUCAGUUUAAAGGUAACAACUUGCAAGGGAUGACAGGCCGCACAUCUUCACCAGCGUGAAACCUUUGAAAAACCUUUUACAUAUUGCUCCAGUGAGGAGAACUUUUUCAGAGAUUUCACACUUUAAAAUUUGAAGGAUGAUAUAGCUUCUACAUAGCAGACCAAGAUGCGGCUCAGUACAAUUUAUGUUCAGCAGAGGAAAAUUGUGAAAGUUUAGCAGAACCUUUAAUGAGCAACAGAAAAUGUAAUCAGUUCUACUCAAAAUUAUAAUAAUUUUCCGCAGCUGCUGUAGGUGCGAUCUUUGUUUUCUCAAAGCUAGGUUGUGUUUUUAUAAAGGUUAAAAUUUGAAAAAUAGGUGUCUUGCCUUGCUUUUUUGUCAAGUAUAAAAACAUCUCACUUCUAGUCAUACCUCUAACCCGCUAACAUCUGAAAUCGGUAGAAGUAGUUGCUAGUGUUAAGUCUCACAAACAAGAGAUCUUUUCUUUUCCAUUCAAAACCCAGUCAGCCUGGAUACUUUGUUCACAGUGCUCUCUAAAAUGAUGACUAACAUAGUUAAUUAUCAUUGGUAAUAAUGAAACAGUUAUCACAUAUUUGCAUUUCCAAAGGUGCUUGAAACUCUAUAGCCUUCAAUGGGCCUUACCUAAAAAACCCAGAAGGGUGAUGACCACCUACUUUAAUAGUAUUGUUACAGUAAUUUUUUACAUUUGGUUAUUAUCUAGCUGCACUUAAAAUAAUAUAUCUAAACUCACCAUGAAACUUUUAGUCGCAAAGAUACCCUAACCUGUAAUACAGAAUGACAGAAUGGUAUCUUAUAGUGUACUUCCUGUUUUGUGUAUAACAUUGCAGGUGGCAAUGGCCAAGGUUAUGGAACAAGGGCCUGUUUUAGUUCUCACUUUUAUGGUACAACAGAUUAUGAUCCUUAGAGAUGCAGUCGGUAAUAUAAUUGAGGGUGGAGAAGUGAGUAUUUACACUCUUGUUAACAUUAUUAUGAUUAGUUGAACUCUAACUUGUAUUGUUCCUAAUUAAAGGGGCUCGGCUUGAAUGAAACAUCACAAUGAAUAUUAUUAUAACUAUAUUUUUGAUAUGUGGAGGAACACAUAAGGAAUAAAGGCUGGCUUGCCAUUUGUGCAUUUCCCAUAAUACGCCUUGUCCUCCCCUUCCCUCACCGGAAAAUAAAUUCAUAACCUCUUGGUAUUACAGUUAUCCCAAGAGAAAUUGAACUUUGGGGGGCAAACAAGGUGGUUUAUGGAAAAUGCAGGAGUGGCAAUUAGAACCUAAAUAGGAUAGGAGGCUCAAAAUAUUGAAGCAGAUUAAAACAGGCUACAUAUGGGUAAACCUUUCCCAACUGUUUUCUUCAUUCCAAUAACUUUUUGUACUCAGAUCUGCUUGGAAAGUCGUUGUUUUACUGCAGUGAUUUUGGUAAUAAAAUCAUUUGCCUUGACAAUAUCACAAUAAUAUUAUUAUUAUAUGAUGCUGAUGAUGAAGGAAAACUAUUCAUAACUGUGUGAUUUCAUUAUUUUGUUUUAUUCCUGUAGAAGACAGAGCCAGCCUUUUUAUUUUUCAUAGAGUUUAGAAGUACCCAUUAUUGAUAAAAAUAGGCAAAAUCAAAAACAGAAAGAUUGGCAAAUUUCUGGCAACCAAUAAUUUCUUUGUUAAUUUAUUUAUUUGUAUGGUUACAGUGCACAUACGUCUUCUUCUUUAAUAGUGGCUUAAACAACUGAGUUUAAAAUUUUCAGGAUUUAAUCUCUCUCAUAUUUGGGCAAUUUUAACUACCAUUUUUUGUGUCUGCAGGAUAAUAUUGAAAAUGUUAGCUAUGUGUGGGCACUGUGUAGAGAUCAGAGCAUACUGGAUCACCGGUCAGCAUGGAGAGUGCUUGAAUUUGGGAUUCAAAACAGCAGCGCAUGGCUUUGAUAAACCUUUACGCUGGUUCUUAAUAGUGGCACAAGCAUAAACACAAGUCUAGAUUCAAGAAUGUUCACACUUGGGUUACAUACAUUACCAGGAGACAUUUGCAGGAGCAGAAUUGUGAAAUUUAAGAAACCCUUAUGUUGGCAAUACAGGGCACCCAAACUCACAACAGCUUAAGUACUGGAAGCCAAAUUAUAAGGAUUUGUAUGGGAAUUUAUUGUAAGGUAGAUAAGUACACAUAAACAGCCAUGAAAGUGUACAUACCUCAUAAAGAAGAAGGCCUUGUCUUCUAGAACUACUUAGUAGCUAGGUGAGAAACCAAAACAUCAAACCUUGCUAAAAUAGCAUUUACAGGGCCUAAACAGUAAGAAAACAUCACAGACAC